CGGGAUAUUAACCUCAUCAUUCUUUCUCGCCGAGUAUAAUCGCGAUCUUCAGCUCGUGGAAGCGUAAGCGUGAUUCCUGACCCCCGUUAAAAAAAAAAAAAAACAUAAACUGUCCCACGCAAAAACAAAUUGGAAAGUAAUUUACAAAACAACUUUACAAGAAAAGAAGAAAAAAAGAUGACAUGCUAUAAUCUACAAUCGACUCUACUCGUACCAGGUAGUAUCUUGAUAAGCUGGAUUUAUAAAUACAUAACUAUAACUAUUUCGCAAUAAUUUGACGGCUCGAAAUCAUUAAUUCGUAAUUGUAUUAACUUUUAUGCCGCUUACUUUCUCCUGGUAGCUCAUACAGUUAUUACUUCUCAUUCUACUCACCACCAGCUAAGAAGUUUAAUAUGUUUUCUAAAAAUAAAUAAAUAAUAAAAAUCUUAAAUAAAAAACAAGUAACGGGACUUACAAGAAGUUGAUUAAGCAUGGAACUGGAAAGUGGCUGGAAGCUAGUUAUCGCAUGUAAAAGAGCAUCGGAACCGGUGGAAAUCGCGUUCACUCGGACACUCUGUUGUCCUACACGCGGUUAUUCUUAUGUGUCGUCAGUUCGAUCCGGUCAGUGGGACAAUAAGCAUGAACAAGCCGCAUGAUGAACCCGUGGUAUUUAGUGUCGAGAGCACAACAAAUUUAGUUCCUGUUAAAUCACGGGAAACUUAUUUCAAAAAAAAGAAAACAAGUAACAGGUCUGGAUUUAUACUGUUUGCUCUGUCAUUGCUGGUAAUUGGUUUGCUGGCGGGUCUGCUGGCAAUUGGAGUUCUUUAUUUGCAUGUCAAGCGCAGUCUUACGUUAUGUGAUUCCGAGGAGUGUAUUCGCACGGCGGCCAGUUUUAAAGAAUCUAUGGACACUACUAUAGACCCAUGCGAGGAUUUCUAUCAGUAUACUUGUGGAAGGUGGUCGGAAAAUCAUCCUACUUCUCAGCCAGACAAGCUCAAUUCUUGGUUCCACGAGAGAAGUCAGAAGAUUAAAUGGAAGAUCAGAGAUUUGUUGAGCAAUAAUUUUACCGGAAAAGUUCCCUGGGCUGUUAAACAAGCUAAAGUUUUAUAUAAUAGUUGCCUUGACAAUGCUGCGCUGGACACUCUAGGGCUAUCGCCAAUGCUAAGUUUACUAGAAGACUUGGGUUUAUCUCGGGUACCUCCAGCCAUGGGCCACAAGUCUGAAGAUUUUGUGAAAGUAGCGGCAAGAGUGAGAAGAAUACUGGGAGAAGAAAUCUUCAUUGGGUUUGAUGUGAUUCCUGACCCGCUUAACAGCAGGAGGAAUAUUAUUUUGCUCGACGUACCAAGCUCGUCGGGUCCUUUGCCUCUAAAUGAAGUUAUAAAAAACCGAUUGAAGAGUGUGAAAGCAGACAAAGCUAAACGAAGUGAAGACUCUGGUUCGGCAGAACAAAGAAGUUCUAAUGAGAAGAGUUACGCGAUAGCUGUCAUCAAGGAGUUGAUGGCUAACGGCACGCAAGACUCUUGUGAUGAAGAUAAAAUUUCUGAGGAACUGGAUACAGUUGUUGAGGAUGUUGUUGAUUCUAUUUUCGAGUUAGAUGAUUUAUUGAGACUUAUGUAUGGAGUGGAAGAUAAUGAUACAUUGUCGGAAGAAGAUAUUAAAGAUGAAAAUUAUAUGUGGGUUGAUAAUCUUCAAGUUAUAACAGAUGAAUUUAUAAAAUCAGAGAACAAAUCUUUGGAGCCUAAGAAGAUAUGGCGAGUGUAUUUGGAGGAAUUGUUCAAGGAUAUUGAUGAUUUGGAUCUGGAUAAUAAGGACAAAAUUCUUGUAGUCAAUAUUGAUUACUUCAAAGAGUUGGCGUUUUUGCUGAGCUCCGUUGAAGAAGAAACGAUAGAAACAAUCGUGUGGUGGAUCGUCGUAGAUCUAGUAGUACCUUACUCAUCAAGGAACCUCAGGAACAUUUGGUACGAUUACAUCGACAAUCUGUUAGACGUCGAAGUUUCUUACGAUCCGCCGUCCUUGUACUGCGCGGGAGUAGUCAAUGACAUGAUGGGCAUGGCAGUGUCAUGGCUGUAUGUCGAUCGAGGAUUCCACAACAUAACUGCUCCGAAUGUGAUCGAAAUGCUGGAGCACAUCAGAGCUGCCUUCCGCGAUAUCGUCAUGAGAUCUCGCUGGAUCGACAAUAAAACUCGCCUGGGAAUCUUGGACAAGUCCAACAGAAUGGCUUACGUAAUCGGGUACCCCGAGUGGCUCUUUCGGGAGCACGAUCUCAAUAAAUACUACGAGGGGAUAGAGCUGAAGAAAGAACAGUAUUUGAAAAAUAUCUUGUCCGUCAUCCACGUGAUGACUGACACGGAGUUGAAGUCUCUUCAUGUUAAGAAUCACACCCACGAGCAUCAAUGGGAUUUGGAUCCAACUGAUGUUAAUGCAGUGUAUACAUUCAUGACCAACCAUAUAACUCUACCUGCGGCUAUUUUACAAUUUCCUUUCUACAAACUCGGCUUGGAAGCGCUGAAUUAUGGAGCCAUAGGAACGAUUUUGGGGCACGAGCUGACCCACGGUUUUGAUAAUGACGGAAGACAUUAUGACAGUCAAGGAAAUUUGAGGCAGUGGUGGAGCAAUGAGACUAUUUUUGAAUACUCCAGCAAGACAGAUUGUUUUGUUAAACAUUACGAAGGAUACUACGAGAAAGAUAUCGACCAAUACAUUGAUGGAGUGCUAACUCUGAACGAGAACAUCGCCGAUAACGGAGGUCUCCACGAGGCAGUGCUAGCUUAUAGAAGAUGGAAGGCGCAUCACGGGCAAGAGCCUUACUUACCCGGUUUCACGUAUUUGUCCCACGAGCAAUUGCUAUUCCUCGGAUUUGCUCACCUAUGGUGUGAGGAUUACUCUCCAAAGUCCUUGAAAUGGAUGCUACGAGACUCACAUUCUCCGGGCCACGUAAGACUCAAAGCCGUAUUGACAAAUUCCAAAGAGUUUAGCGAUGCUUGGAAGUGUCCCGUCGGUUCGCCAAUGAAUCCGCUUGAGAAAUGUCGGGUAUGGUGACCAA